GUGAAUUUUUGUCAUAGUUUCAAAUGCAAAAUUUGAUUAAUCAUUUUAUCAGUAUAUUAAGACAAGUUUCCAUGCUAGCAGUCGUGCUCGCAGGUCAUAAUAUAGGUCUAUCAGAAAUGAAAUAAGACUGGUGUACAUUUUGAUUCACAAUUUAUUUGAUUACGCUUUUUUGUCUGUAAGAUUUUAACAAUGUCUGAGCCAAAUAACCCAUUUGCUGGGCUGCUGGGAGUCUCAGAAGCGAAGGCAACAAGUAAUAAUACAAAUUUUGUAAACCCUGAUGCAUCUCUUCAAGAAAACCCUAAGAAAUCACAAGAGGAUGAGGAUGCUGAAAUAAUCAACAACAUUGUUGAAAAUGUUUUUCACUUCACGAUAAAUGCAAAUGCAAUAAAAGGACCUCAAAACAACAGACAGUUGGUAUUCUUAGAAGAACUAGCAGAAGCGAUGAAACCUCGCAUUCACAUAGAUUUGGAGGCAUUGGAACAAGCAUUGUUUGAAAGACUGCUUUUGCCAGAGGUUGAACUGUGUGUUAUACCCAAAAAUAAUAAAGUAUUUCAAGAACAUGUGGUCCAGAAGCAAGUGUUUGCGUAUUUGUUUAGCUCUAUUCAGAACCUUCAAUGCUAUGAGAAUCAUAGUUCUAUUGUUGUGAAAAACGGAGUGCAAAAGAUGCGAGAGCUAAUUUUCAGAAAUGCUGUAACAGCUCUUAAGCAACCAGCUCUGUUUGAGGGUCAGGACUUCACUAUGCAACUUGUUGAAUUAUUGAAACAUGUUGACCCUCAGAGUCAUGCAUUCUUUAUUGACAUUGUGAAGGCAUUUAUUUUUGAUGGUGAAGAUGGAGUUCAGGAGCAAUUACGAGAUACAAUGGUGCCAGUGCUACAAAUGCUACAUGCUGAAGUAAACAAGUCCAAUAUAAUCAACCUGCCUAUCUACAUCCUUCCAUCAAUACAUAUCUUUGCCAGUAAUCCAAACCUAGCCCAAAUUCUAAUGGAAACAUGUGAACCAAAAAAUAAAACUAAUGGAAGGUUUUAUCAAGACUCAGUUAUAGGUGCACUUCUGAGCCUAUCGGUUCUACCGAGAACAUCUUCAUCAUUCCAUCAGUUCUUUGAUAACCCAAUGGAUCAGUCUGCAAUAUCAUUGAUGGAGUCAUCUAUAUGGAAUGCAUCUUCACAUCUGACUAACAAUCUUCAUAAGAUAUUCCUGACAUUGCUCAAAGGGGGUCCGCAGAUGAGAAACCGUUUGUUGACAUGGAUCGGAAACUGCUUAAAAACGAAUGUUGCUAAAGGCAAGCUGUGGAAUGUUCAGGCUGGUGAAGUAAGUGCAGCAACUCUGAGCUGUGUAUCAGAUGGCUUCAUGUUGAACCUCGGAGCGGUACUUCUCCAGCUGUGCCAACCGUUCUGUACCACUGCCGAUGACUCCAAGUCGCUCAAAAUUGACCCCACGUAUGGUGCUGUACCUCCAGAGGAGUGUGAAGCAAAAUCAGUACAUCUAGAUUGCCUGCAUAGCGAGACGAGCCUGCUGCCAUCUAGGGAGGAUGAAAACAACCAAUCUUUGAAGCGGCCCACUGCUGAAACAUACAACUUUGUUACUGAGUGCUUUUUCAUGACGCAAAAAUGUAUUGAUUUGGGAGUCCGAGUGUGCGCAGAGAAGCUGUACCGCUGCGGACAAGAUUUAGGGCGCGCACAGCGAGCCAUGGCUGACGUGGGCGGCGCGCACCACCUGCUCGAGCCCAUGCGACAAAGAACUCACCAUCUCAUGACGAAAUUUGUAAGCCUUCGCUGCGCGCUUCUGGAGAGUGAGAUGCUGACCAACCUAAAUCGGCUACAAGCCACCACUUGCACUUGGCUCGUGCAAGUGGCCAUCCGACCCGAUCCCCCUACGCCACAAGCAAACUACGCACCCACAACCAUUGUUCCUGUGGAUAUGCCUAUUCGGACACCGCCUCCUGAUACAUUACGGUGCAUCCCAGAAUUCGUGCUUGAGAACAUAGUGGUGCUGGUAACAAUGGCGCGACGCACAGUGGGCGCCAUAACGGAGGAAGCGGAUGUAGCGGGGCUACUGCAGCCCGCGCUCACACUAGUGCUCACCUUCAUGGGCGACUCUGGCCGUACCUACAACCCUCACCUGAGGGCCCGUCUAGCAGAAUGCCUGGAGGCGAUGUUGCCAAACCACCCCGACGAUCAGCAGCCCUUAAACAGUCUUGCGUCCUUCUACCGCGAGCAGUUGUUUAAGGAACAUCCACACAGAUUACAGUUGGUACCCUGCCUUCUGGAUGUUUUCGUCGGCAUAGAAAUGACGGGUCAGAGCGUCGCGUUCGAGCAAAAGUUCAACUACCGCCGUCCCAUGUACCUUGUAAUGGACUUCCUAUGGACCAUGCAGGAGCACAAAGAUGUGUUCACUCGCCUUGCCAAAGAAGCUGAAGCCAACAUGGAGGCUGUUCACCCGCCCAUAUUCCUGCGGUUCGUGAACCUGCUCAUCAACGACGCCAUCUACUUGCUCGACGAGGCGCUUGGCAACAUGGCGCAGAUCCGGACCAUGCAAACUGCACAGGAAUCAGGCGCCUGGACCAACCUAUCCGCACAAGAGCGCGAGCAGAACCUCGGGAACCUAUCCCACAUCGGGAUGCUAGCUCGCUUCGACAAUAUCCUGGGGCGGGACACUAUCCGCACGCUCGUGCGGUUGACGGCACAUGCUCCGUACGUGUUCUGCCAUCCUACGCUGGUCGAGCGCAUCGCGUCGAUGCUCAAUUAUUUCCUGCUACAUUUGGUUGGGCCUAAUAAGAAGAAUUUAAAGGUGAAAGACAUGAAAGAGUUCGAGUUCGACCCCGCCUCAACAGUACUGGACAUUUGUCGCAUGUACGUGGAGCUGGGCAGCAACGAGCGGUUCUGCGCCGCCGUGUCUGACGACGGCCGCUCCUACUCGCCUCAGCUGUUCACACUAGCCGAGGCUGUCCUAGUCCGUAUUGGCGGCGGUUCCCUAAUCGGAUCCCUGCAAGAAGUGGCCCAACGUGUAGCCGCUCUAGCGGAACAGAGACAGCGCGACGAAGAGAUCCUAGCCAACGCGCCCGAGGAAUUCCUCGAUCCUAUCAUGAGCACGCUCAUGCUCGAUCCUGUGACACUGCCGUCCUCGCGUACUACUAUAGACCGCACCACCAUCGCCAGACACUUGCUAAGUGACCAGUCGGAUCCCUUCAACCGAUCGCCGCUAUCCAUGGAUCAAGUGAAGUCCAACGUCGAACUAAAAGAGAAAAUCCACGCAUGGAUCGCCGAACAGAGGCAGAAAAUUGCUCAACCCCGGACCAGCGACACAUAAAUUUUACAAUUUUGUAUGUUACAUGUUAGUCGACAUACUACGCGCUAGUAUUGUCAUAGUUAGUGUUUAGUGUUGUACCGUUCUUGAGAACUUACUCAUUUUUGUGUAAAGUCGGAAAAAUCGUAACUGAGAACGGUAGGAGUUUUAAGGUGCGUCCAGAUUUCGCGAAUUUUAUAGAGUGUAUAAUACAAAUUCUGCGUACUGCGUGUAUAUUGAACGACACUCCGAAUAUUACAUGUAAAACUCGUGCAAGAUUCUAGCUCAAACACAAAGGGGCUUGCAGUACCUUUGACACAUUAAUGAUAUAAUAGUAAAUAUUGGGGGACACCUUACACAGAUCAACCUAGCCCCAAACUAAGCAAAGCUUGUAUCUACUAUGGGUACUAGGCGACGAUAUAUACACACUUAUAUAGAUAAAAACAUACUUAUAUACAUAAAAAACGUCCAUGCCUCAGGAACAAAUAUCUGUGCUCAUCACACAAAUAAAUGCCCUUACCGGGAUUCGAACCCGGGACCGCGGCUCAACAUUGACACUAUUACACGUAAUCUUAUAUUAUAUUUAAAAAAUCGCCAUAUCUGGACGGACCAUGAAAUUGGAAAGCCUGUAAAGAAUGCAGUAAGUUUAUUAGAAUAACAUUUUAUUGGGUAAACAUGUCUGGAUUAUACCAUCGAUUUUCACUAUUUAUCAACUCUUUUUGUCAGUGUUGACGGUGGCACAGACAACUUUUUAGACACGCAAAGCGCGCUAUAGUUAGCCACGCGGUCAUUUGAACUUAGCAUAAGUUAUAAAAUAAGUUUUAUACUUGUAAGUUGGUUGUGUGUAGGAUUUUCUUCACACCCGUCCUCAAGUACAGCGUAUAAGGGUAAAUUUGUGACGGCGUCCCAAUGUCCAUAGCCGGAUAUCCACCGAUCGCCGAUUCCCUUUGCAUAAUAAUCUUGCAUUGCAUUAGAAAACUAGUUCAUCGUAAUGUGUACAGAAACUACAGAACACUGUACAUAAUUAAAUGCUACCAAACCUUUCAGAAUCGUUCUGUGGAUAUCACACUAUGUACGAUUUUAGGUUUUAGAAGCCUUAAGAGCAUUCAGCGAGCAAUGUGUACGUUCAGUGUUGUAGAAAAGUAAUAAAAUUAUCUUUUGGAAUGCUGUCAUACAUUGUGACCUAAUGCGCUUGACUAAAAUGACAGACAUAUAGCUAAAUAGACGUCGCAUUUACAGCGUACCAAAGAAAGGUUAAAGUGACAUUGACAACGUCACAAGGGUAAUAAUAAUACAUUUUGUGCUGUGUUAGGAUAUAAAUUAAAACGGACCGUGUAGAGCAAUCGUCCUGAUUUAGGUAUAUGUCUGUGGCUAAAACUGCCAUGAGCACCCAGAAACAGCCAUAAGUAAGGACCCAUUUACACGGUGUCAUUAUAUUGCGGUGUUUGAUUUAGUGUGCUGAAUUGUAUGUAACCUCGAUAGUCCAGUGUCACUAAAAUCGCCUGCGAGCUCGCGAGCCGUCUAAAUGAGCAUUUUUUCUGAACGUUAGUUGUAAAAAAUGUGAUGUUUACAUGUCAAAACACUUGUUCUUAUAAAAUGACUGUGUUCGGCCAACAUUCCCCUAUAUGAUUUUCCAUUCACUCAAGUGAAUGUAACAAAAUUAUAACGACGAGAAUGGUGCAAUUUUAUUUAGUGAACUAUUUUGUGAUAGCUAUAGUAAUAUAGGUUGUUAAAUUUAUUUGUAAAUCAGAAUGUAUUUUUCGUUUAAAAUAUAUUUAUUAUAAAUUACUUAGGUAUUGAUAACUCCUUAAUUAUUCAAAAUUAAAAUGCACUGAAUAUUUAUUUAAGUGAUAAUUAUAUAUUUACUAUUGUAUUUAUUGAUUUAAAUGCCUACGAUUCGUCCACUGACCCCCUUUUUAAACAAUCGCUGGUUAAUAACAACUAAGGUGACAUUUUUGUGUGCGCGUUAAGCACGUAUUGUAUUUUGAAUUGUCGUUUGGUACUACGAUCACGAGGCACUAAAAUGUAUAUUUAAAAGAGCGUUUAAUUAUGAGAUCUUUAGCUCUGGACCUACUUCUAAGGUAGUUGAUAACACAAAAACGGUAGCACUUAUUAAACCUAACAUGCGAAAUACUUUGUAGAACUUCAUAAAAGCAAUGCAUGUUCUACACGUGCCAUUAAUAAUAAUUAUGUAUAUGAAUUUGCCAAAUUGUCAUUUGGAUAUCAACUGCCAAAUAACUUAUGUGUACCAUAGCCGCAAGGCAGACGCCACUAGCAGUAUUGAGCGAUAAGUAUAACGUAGGAACCUACUCUGAAAUCUCUGAAUUUAUGCCUUGUGUUCAUUUGUUUGCAUUUUAUGUUUCAAGCAAAUUGGGAAUGCGGCACAGCAUCUGAUGAAUGUCAUGUCAAUAAAACAGAAAACAUA